GUUUAUGGGGCGAGGCGUUUUUCUGGAGGGCUUGGCCGCACCCACCUGAAGAAAUUGAAAAGCUGCCGAAUCUGCUUCUCCUCUCAGGUCCCAAAUUCGCGGAGUGGUUUAUUACGUUUUGAAGUUUAUAUUGCCCACAGUUCGGAAGGGUAUCAUGUAGUUUCCCUUCUUUUGAAAACGACUUCAAGUUUUGUGAAUUUCAGGGCAUUGAUGGGUCUUCUGAUGUCUUCAACCGUAUACAAAUGAAGUAUGUUAAUGGCGAUGAGGACAUCAACAAGUACUUUUCUGCCUUCCAUCUGUAUGAUGUAUUGCCUGCUGCUGUUAUAAUUGAUGAUUUUGCUGAUUUCUUUGAUAACAGGAGCUGCCAAGAACGACACUGUAAUCCCCGUGUAAGAGAUUUGGCGAUGGUCAGUAGUCUAGCUUUAUGUCACAAUCCAAUUACUUAUGCAAAUCAAAAAGGAUCUUGCAAGCUUCUAUUAUCAGAUACAUACCAUGGAGGCUCCUCCAGGUUGCAUUUCAUCUAUAAGAAAUGGUACCCUCCAUUUUUACAAUCAAAGAAGGAGAUGAAGCCAGAUCAUUCAUUCUAAAAAAUAGGAGUUCUUCAGGAACUCAGAACCCUAAUAGGACAAAAGUUGCCAAGUACUCCAUAGCUCUUCAGUAUCUGUUCUUAGAGAGAAUUGUUGAAGAUCAAACAGACUAAAUUUUUCAUCAUUUGGAAAAUCACGACGUUGUGCUAUCUCUAACCCGAUGAUGCUGAUACUGAUUGGUUCCUUUUCAGCGAGCACACUUGUAUCUCUGCACACAUCCACUGAACUAACCAUGUGAUUCUCAAGAUAUUAGUAGCUUAAUUUCUGUUUGUAAGUUCCCUAUUUUUCUUAUCACUUAGUUGAGUUCUAUACUUUACGAUGGACUACCUAUUUAUUAAGCUAAUCUGGGGCACAGAAUGGUGCCACCAAGUGACAUCACCAACAAGAAAACUCAUGUACUUUGGCUCUUAGAUUAUGGUGGUUUGGCAAAGCUGGUUUCCGCAAUUUAUCAAUUAUGAGUAGCAGAAUAUCCACAAAAGGUGACAAAUAAAAGGGACGAGGGUGAUACUGGUACAAGGUAGCUGAAUUGCGUGUUAUCUCAAUCUCAAAUGUAAGGGGCUUUUUGUUU